AUGGUAGCUUGGGCAGCUUUAGGCGCAAUGGGAACAAAAGCAUUAGCAUUUGGAGCAAAAGCACUUGGAGCUUAUGACGCAGUAAAUAAAAUGAGUGGAGGAAGGGUUUCGAAGACAUUAGAUGCAAAUAAAGGGAAGAUUGGAGGCUGGGUUGCAAAGAAGUUAAGAUUAAAUAAAAUAGGGCUCAUAAAUAAAGCAUCCAAUUUGGUUGCGACUGAGUCAGAAAAUGCUUUAGGAAAGGACGAUGAGUUUGCAAAACACACAAAAGACUUUAAUGACCAGAUGAAAGGUGAAACAAUGCAUUUAAAUAGAGUCGAUGGAACUAAAGAAAAUGUUUCUUCUCCACCAGUAGUUCUUCCGUAUG